AUAAAAAUAUACCAAUGUAAUCUGCGGACGUUAGAUUUUUCCAUUUAAUGUAAUGACUUUUAUUUGUUUCAAAAUAUGCAACAUAAAGAAAGCAAAGACCACAAAUGCGAAGAGUAUGACAAGUAUUUUGGACUAAAAAAAUAUCUGAUGAGGCAUAUAGAUCCAGUUUAUUUGAAUCUCAAAAAUCAUCAAUGCCAAGAGUGUGGCAAGUCUUUUGGAGAAAAGUUGGAUCUGAUGCAACACAUAGACACAGUUCAUUUGGAACUCGGAGAACACAUAUGCGAAGUUACAGAUGCGAAAUGUGUGGUAAACUUUUUGGACAAUUGGCUCAUCUUAUGAAACACAUAAAUAGUAUUCAUUUGCAAAUUAAAGAUCACGUGUGCGAGGAAUGGGGGAAGUCUUUUGGAUUCAAGAGUAAUCUGUUGCAGCACAUAAAUGAGGUGCACUUGAAACUCAUAGCUCACGAGUGUAAAGAAUGUGGCAAGACUUUUGAGCGUAAAGAUAACUUAAUGAAGCACAUUGAUAUAGUUAAUUAAAAACUCAAAGAACACAAGUGUGAAGAGUCCAAUCUUUUGUAGAUAAGAGUAAUUUAAUGCAUCACAUAGGUACGAUUCACAUAGAUAAGAUAAAAGAGAUUUCAUUAAUCACACGAAGGGAGUUCAUGAAAAAAUUCAAGAAUACUAAGGCUUUGAGUGUGGAUAAGUCCUUUGGGAUAAAAUAUAAUCUGAUAAGGUACAUAGACAGUGUUCAUUUGACAAUAAAAGAUCACAAUGGCGAAGAGUGUGGAAAAUCUUUCGGUUAUAAAGGCGUCUUGGACAGUCACAUUGCCACAAUUUCAUAGAAAAAAUCAAAGAUCACAAAUUCAAUGAGUGUGGCAAGUCUUUUGGAUUAAUGAGCAAUCUGAUUAGACACAUAGACGCAGUUCAUUUAAAAAUCAGAAAUCAUAAGUGCUAAGCUUUUAGUUUUCAAAAUUGACUUGAAUAAUCAUGUUACAAUAGUAUCUGAAAAAAUCAAAGCCCACCAGUGGAAAAAUUGUGGAACGAAUCAAUGUAUACACUUGCAAACACGGCAGCAAGUUUUUUGGAACGAAAACUAAUUAGAUGCAGCCCACAGUUGUAGUACAUUUGACACUAAAAGAAUACAUUUGUAAUUAAUUUGUAAACAUAUUGAAAAAAAGGAUUCGGAUUCGCAGCGACUCGAAUAACACAAAAAAGUACCAAUGUAGUCCGUGGACGUUCGAUUAUGUAUUCGGUUAUAAAUUUUUUUGUAUUGACUCAUACUUUUUGAAAAUGUUCAAAGUAAGCUAAUUUUAUCAGGGUUAGCUACUGCAUUUUUAUUUCUCAAAAUUAUGACAACAGUGUCUUUCAUUGUUCUUAUUUUCAUUAUUUAAUAAAUAAAUACUAUUAUGUCAAAAA